CCUCUAACAUCUCUACGUUUGCUGCUUUGUCUGCGCAUCCUUGUGGGUUCUCCCGUCGCAGUGUCGGUGCUACGCCUCUCAGCCAUUGGCCUCAGAGACCAUCCGUCUUCCCUUCACAACAAUAGACCCCUGCUCGCUCGCUCGCACGCACGCACGCGCGCCUUCUGCUCACGCGCAGACACAAAAAGCGCGCAGUGCUUUCGAGGAGCGACGGUGAAAUGUUUAAACUGCGGUUUGCCGAUUCUUUCUUUCUUUCUAGCUUCACGUCGGCGAGGAGCGCAGGGAAGCCUCUGCGAUGCGCUCAACGGGGGACACGUCGGAGUUGAAAUAAGGGAAACAUUGGGGCUUGGGUAAGAAAACCGGAAAGCGGUUGGUUGGGGCUAUUUUUUUUUAUUUUUUUUUACGAGGAUGACUGACUGGUGACAAAGAAUACGGGGAGCCCCUCUGGCUUCGGUUGACACCCGCUAUAUAACUUUACGGAAGACAUUUUUGUGGGGACCGGUGUGCUCUUACUUGGACAGACAAAGAUUUUUUUCUUCCAUCAUUAUUAUUAUUUUUGGAAGGGGAACCAUGCCUGUCCGGAGGGGUCAUGUUGCGCCACAAAACACAUUUUUGGGAGUAAUUAUUCGGAAAUUCGAAGGACAAAAUAAGAAAUUCAUCAUAGCCAAUGCCCGGGUGCAGAACUGCGCUAUUAUCUACUGUAAUGAUGGUUUCUGCGAGAUGACGGGCUUUUCCAGGCCAGAUGUAAUGCAGAAGCCAUGCACUUGUGACUUCUUGCAUGGCCAGUUCACCAGUCGGCACGCUGUGGCCCAGGUGGCCCAGGCACUGCUGGGGUCCGAGGAGCGCAAAGUGGAGAUCACCUACCACCGCAAGGAUGGUUCAAACUUCCUCUGUGCCACCCAUAUCAUCCCUGUGAAGAACGAGGAGGGUGUGGUCAUGAUGUUCAUCCUGAACUUUGAUUACAUCCUGGAUGAAGGCAGCAGUGACUCGCUGGAGAGACUAAACCAUACCUCACCUUCUAAAGCUGAUCAAUGGAAAGGGAGAUUCUUUCGUUUCCGUCUCCCAGCCUUACCUCUCCUGGGAAUCAGCAAGCAGUCCCUGCCCCAGGAAGACCCUGAUGCCGUCAUGGUAGACUCUCCUCGCUACAGUGACGGCUCAGUAGCAACACGUGACUACCAACUUCCCACCACUCGAGAGAGCUGCAGUCCCUCUUACGCCAAUGACACCCGUGCCCUCAUCGGCCCCAGCCACUGCUCAACCCCUGUGUCUGAGCCUUUGGACCACUCGUCGCCUAAAGGCCCCUGGGACCGGAUGUACCCGGACCAGGCCGUUGCCCAGACAAAAAACCAGAGCCAAGAGGACACGCUUAUUGCAGCUCCAUCAAUCCCAGGCCUUACUCCAACUGCCUCCAGAGAGAGUAUGUGCAGUAUUCGCAGGGCCUCUUCUGUACAUGACAUGGAAGGCUUUGGGUCCAACUCUAAGAUGGUGUUCAGGGACCGGCAUGCCAGUGAAGAUAAUGGUCGCAAUAUCAAAGUAUCUCGCUCCUGGAUGGCUGGGGGACCACUCAGCCAAAUCAAAUCAAGCCUGCUUGGCUCAACUUCCGACUCCAACCUCAACAAGUACUCCACCAUCAACAAGAUUCCCCUGAUCACGCUCAACUUCUCAGAGGCAAACAAUGAUAAGAAGUGCCCCUCCCCUCCAUCCUCUGAGAAAACUAUCAUCGCCCCAAAAGUCAAAGAUCGCACUCACAAUGUCACAGACAAAGUCACACAGGUUCUUUCUCUGGGUGCCGAUGUGCUUCCUGAAUACAAACUCCAGACACCACGGAUGGAUAAGUGGACCAUUCUUCACUACAGUCCAUUCAAAGCAGUUUGGGACUGGCUGAUCCUGCUGCUGGUCAUCUACACGGCCAUUUUCACCCCCUACUCUGCUGCCUUCCUCCUCAAUGACAUUGAGGAGCAGAGGAGACGGGAGUGUGGUUAUUCCUGCUCGCCCCUCAAUGUGGUUGAUCUGAUAGUUGACAUUAUGUUUAUAGUGGACAUCCUUAUAAAUUUUAGGACGACUUACGUCAACACCAAUGAGGAGGUGGUCAGCCACCCAGCCAAGAUCGCCAUCCACUACUUUAAAGGCUGGUUCCUCAUAGACAUGGUGGCUGCCAUCCCUUUUGACUUGCUCAUCUUUGGCUCAGGAUCUGAUGAGACUACCACUCUGAUCGGUCUGCUAAAGACGGCCCGUCUCCUACGGCUUGUACGAGUGGCCCGUAAGCUGGACCGUUACUCAGAGUAUGGUGCUGCUGUCCUCAUGCUGCUCAUGUGCAUCUUUGCCCUCAUUGCACACUGGUUGGCCUGCAUCUGGUACGCAAUUGGAAAUGUGGAGAAGCCUUACCUGGAGCAUAAAAUUGGCUGGCUGGACAACCUGGGGGUGUCAAUAGGGAAAAAAUACAACUACAGUGACCCAAGCUCAGGUCCUUCCAUCAAAGAUAAGUAUGUCACAGCACUCUACUUCACCUUCAGCAGUCUGACCAGCGUGGGCUUUGGGAACGUUUCCCCCAACACCAACUCUGAGAAGAUCUUUUCCAUAUGUGUUAUGCUCAUUGGAUCUCUAAUGUACGCCAGCAUCUUUGGAAAUGUGUCCGCCAUCAUCCAGAGGUUGUAUUCAGGUACAGCCAGGUAUCACCUCCAGAUGCUGCGGGUCAAAGAAUUCAUCCGCUUCCACCAGAUCCCAAACCCACUGAGGCAGAGGCUGGAGGAGUACUUCCAACACGCUUGGACGUACACUAACGGCAUCGACAUGAAUAUGGUCCUGAAGGGUUUUCCAGAGUGCCUACAGGCGGAUAUCUGCCUCCACCUCAACAAGAAUCUCCUCCAGGGCUGUAAAGCAUUUCGCGGAGCCACCAAGGGCUGCCUUCGGGCCUUGGCCAUGAGGUUUAAGACGACCCAUGCACCCCCUGGAGACACGCUAGUCCACAGUGGAGAUGUACUUACAGCACUCUACUUUGUUUCCCGUGGCUCCAUUGAAAUCCUAAAGGAUGACGUUGUGGUGGCCAUCCUGGGCAAAAAUGACAUCUUCGGAGAAAUGAUACACCUGUACGCAAAGCCGGGGAAAUCCUGCGCAGAUGUGCGGGCACUAAGUUAUUGUGACCUGCAAACCAUUCAGAGGGAGGACAUUCUGGAGGUGCUGGACAUGUAUCCAGAAUUCGCGGACCACUUCUUCACUAACCUGGAGCUCACGUUUGACCUCCGUGAUGAAAAUGCAAAGGUGACCUACUCACAAGAAACUGAUUCUAACAUGGAUGACUCCAAGUGUCGAAAACGGGUCUCAUACAGAAGGAAAUCCUCCACAGGCUCCCACAACCAGGACAACAAGGAGACUGCGGUCACCUACUGCAACACAAAGCAGACGAGGCAGAUCUAUGCUUCCUCGGCAGCUGAGAAGAGGAGAGAGUCUGCUGAGGAGGGAGAGGAUGAUGAGGAUGAGGAGGAAGAGGAAGGCAGGGAGGAGGAAGAGGAGCAGAGGCCCUUGUGUUCUGGUGUGCUGGGCUACCCGGUGGUAAGGGACCACGCCCUGGGCCUUGGGUUGAACAGUGCUUCCAGUACACAGGCUGGAGACAACGCACAGAACCAGGAAUACAAAGAGCUCCACCCUGACGAGUGGGUGCAUCAGCAUCCCGGUGAGGCUGCGGAGGAGUCUGCUCACUGCCAGGAAACACCAGCCAGGGAGGAUGACAGUGACACAGAGCUCACCUAUGGAGAGGUGGAGCAACGUCUAGACUUGCUACAGCAGCACCUCAACAGACUUGAGUCCCAGAUGACUGCAGACAUCCAGGCUAUCCUGCAGCUCCUUCAGAGGCAAACAGCAGCCGGUCCUCCAGCUUAUAGCACCGUCACCUCCAGCCCAGAGUACCAGAGGCCAGCCGUCAGGAUCCAGCUGGUGUCUGCCAUCGAUGUGAGCCCUGCUCCAUCCCAGCCGCAGAGCCCCGGCUCAGAGAGAGCCCUGAACACAUCCAAAGAAACCUCCCCAGUCCUUCUCCAUGCAGAGACUCAUCCCAAUGGGGACUUAGCUGGACUGCUUGAGAAUAACACCAACACUGAGCAGAGAGACAUCCUAGACUCAGCAGAGCAGCAGCACCACCAACAUCCACUGAAUUUCCCAUCAAGCCGGCAAGCCUCUCUACCAGAUGUCCCCAGCAGCUCAGGAAUGUUGGGACUCCACAGGCCAGUCUCCGACCCGGGGCUUCCAGGGAUGUAGCCCCCACCCCCCACUCCAAACCCUUCGACAAUGACUGAAGGUUAUUUCUAAAGCUUGACUCAGGGUUUAAGAAAGAGACUAAAUAUGCAAAGGUUAAAAGAAACUGUAGACUUUCUUCCAUUCCUUUUGAGAAAACCCCCUAGCUCCCUCCUCCGUCCCUGCCCUGUGCUCCAAUUUAGAUGUAUAAAAUCCAUUUAUACAGAGGUAUUUAUACACUAUAUUACUUCCACGUGUAAAGUCAUCAUCUACCAUGUACAUAGUUGAAAUAGAACACUGCCAGCAACUCAAGGCACCUAAUGUGCUCUUCCGAAAAGAUAUGCAUGAUUUUUUUUUUCUCAUGUCUUCUGUUGCAUGUUCCUCACACACAGUGCAAACCACCAUUCAUUCAGGGGUGGCCUCAGCAUGCUCACAGACUGCACACAGACUGUAGCUUUCCACUCUCAUUUUCCACCACUCUUCCCUCCUCACAGGGAACAAAGCUACUUGAAACUCUUUCCAAGGCAUUUCUAAACUUAGCACAAAAAGUAUGGAAAUUUGUGUUUGGUCAAUUAUUUCUUUGUUGUAAUAAUCCUUCUUGCUAAUAAAUGUUAUACUGUUGGAACGCUUGUUUAUUUCCCUUUAAAUAGUGCCACAUUUGUAAGGAAAAUGCAUUUGUGGGUUGAGCAGCAGUGUUGAGCAAGUGGGUUGAAACUAUGAAAAACACACCAAACCAGCUUAUCUGUUGUCUUGUUUGGUGUUAUUUAUUGAAUUAAAUGACUGAAGUGCGAAGAAACAAGAAACAUUGACAAUUUGUUCAUUAUAAAACAGGGGCCUCGCCUUCCACCUCCUCCUCAUCCUAGUCACCAGCUUGGUAGCACAGUGCUGUGCGCUGGUGUCCCAUUUUAUAACCACCAUUUGACCCAAGUCAGCCAAAGUGGUUGUGUUGGUCACAGAAUAAGCUGUUUGGCAAGCAACCACAUACUUAACUUUGCUGCUCAACCCACAAAUGCAUUUUCCUUACAAAUGUGGCACCAUUUAAGGGGAAAUAAACAAUCACUGAUACAAUUAGCCAAACACAAACUUCCUUACUUUUUGUGCUAAGUUUAUAUUUCACUCCACAGCUUUCAAGCUCCAAAUAAAUUGGUGCAGUCGCAUAUUGGCAAGGAGAGCUGUCUGUAUGUUUAGCGUGCCUAAUGUACACCACAUUGCCAUGACAUAUGAAAAACCAGUUAUUCAGCCCCUAUUACAGGAUGUAAUAUUAGAGUGUGUAGAGGCUGCUCUGAUGUCCCAUAGCACAAUGACAACUUUGUCAGUCUUUGAAAGCAAUAAUGAUGUAAUGAUGAGGAGCCACAGUGGAUUUUCUGGUAUGUUUCUAGAGUUAAAUACAUUCUGGAAAUAAUUAUCUAUGAGCUGAAGAACAUAGCGUUUGUGCUGUGGAUGAAUUUACUUGUAUAGAGCAAACCUGAUGUAAAGCUUCACACAUUUCAGCUCACUUUAAUUAUUAGAAACAAACAAAAAUUAAGACCACAACAUGAAGAUGAUUAACACCCUGAGGAAGUCAAAAACAUGAAGGACAUUUAUGUCAAGGCUGUUUGGACAAGUUUUUUUUCUGUGAUGGUUUACAGUGUGAAGCACAGCUCACUGUCUGCUUGUCCUAUUCUAUUUUGGUAGUGAUCAACGAGACACUGACAAAAGUCAGCAUGAAUCUUUGAUGGCUGUUUGUGACAGAAAGUUCACAAAAUGUAUUGUUUUUUCCAGUCUUUUCAGGCUAAUUCACCAACAAUAAUUCCUGUAGCUUAUUAAGCUAGUCCAUUUACAAAACACACACACACACACACACACACACACAAAUCCAACUUUUACCAGUAGCCAAAUAUAUAAACCAUGAAUAUGCAUGAAAAAGCCGGACAAAGGAUGAGUCAAACACUUCAGAACAUGCGUACACAUGGUUUUCUCAGAGUAAGUCAAGCUUGACUUGCUGACAUGGAGAUCAGUAAUAAUGUGAUGGAAAUAAAACAAAAGAAAGUGUCCCGGAGCUUACAUUUCUUAUUAUUUAAUUAUUAUCACACUGUAGAAAACAGUGGGUGGAGAUUGUGGUGUGACCAAAAUUACUGCAACCUUGGGAUCUUAUUGCCUCUGAAAUAGUUGUUUCGAAGAUAGGACCAGGUCUGUGAACACUACUGCAGUUAUCUGUGAGGAAUUAGUCAAAACUGCUAAUCUGUUGCACAGAAAGUAAAUAGAAAUUCACAUUAGCUACGGUAUGUAGAUUCAGAGUCCAGCCAGAACAUUAUGUUUUUAAAACAGAAAUUCCUCCAUAAAUUGUUUUUGCAAUAUAGCAGAAUAACUGCAAAAUGACAGGCUCUGAUACAGGAAUAUAAUCAGUAUACAACUAGCAGCAACCAGUUGAGUCGAGUGGGCUGUUGCAGAGACUCAUCACAGGAGAGUUGCUCAUAUUGACACGUUGCCUCAUUGCAACAUGUUUGUAGUCUGACUUUAUUCCUAACUUAGCAAUUAUAUGCAAACCUUUGCCAAUUUGUGUGAGAGGAUCAGUCCACAUUUCCUGUUUGGAGAUGGGUCGCUGCCCUAUUUGAAGCUUGAAGGUGCUUCACGAUUCAGUGCAAUCACAGGGCAACCAAGGUUGUUGCCCUAUUUACACUCUAGCGUGACUGAGCAACACUAAAUCUGGUAAAUGCUUUUGAUGUGGGAGCUAUAAAUAACAAUAAUAGUGUGUAGUGGUUAUACAUAAGGAUCGGGCUUAUUGGAGGACCUUAUUGAUGCCUUGGUAUUCUUUUUUUUUUUUUUUAACCCUUGCACCUGCUGCCCUUUGCUUUACACAUACAGAGCUCUAGCUUCUGCUGAUCUGUUUCUGAUUGUAGAACUGAGACCAACAGAACACAGUUCCCACAAGUGAGUGUUUCACACAAGAUCCAGAGUUUUUGUAUACAAAAGAUCAGUGACAGGAUUGGCUAAAUACAUUCAUGGUUUAAGAAGGUAAUUUUCCUAAUACACAUGCCCGGUUCAUACAAGAAGAAAAGAAUAUGUGUACACAUUUCACUUUUUGUGCACACAUACAUGAUUUCUUAUGAAUUAUCUGUAUCUGGAUACAUCAGAUAAAGUGGACUUUGCGUUUACACCUAUUCAAAUUCAUCUUAACUUGGUAUUAUUCUUUCAAACGAAGAGCUCCAUUUGUCAUUUUGUCACAGAAAAUGAAUGUUUUAGAAAUAAUUAAAACUCCUAAACUGAUUUCCUUGACAUAAAAGUCCUUCAAGUGUUUGAGAAUGAGACUGCUUGACAGGAACCAGCGUCCCAAAUUGUCUUGAAAGCUGGAAGGAACUGCUGGAGGCUUGUUUCAUUCAGUUGCAUGCUUUACGUCUUCCAUUAUACUCCUAAAAUAACAUUGCCUAUGUGAACGUUAACAAAGCAUGAUGAUUAAACAAUCAUCUUAAACAAGGUUUAUUUCAUGUAUUUUAUGCUGAGGACAGAGCUCAGCCUCCAAACGGCCUUAGCUUUAUUCGCCUGCUCUAGCCUUUACAAACAUCAGUCCGACACACCAAAAAUCUGCUUAUCCACAAAUGUAAAUGUACCAAACCAUUUUAGAUUAGACUGCAUUAUGAGAAUUAGUCCUUUUAGUUUUCUAACUACAUAAAGUCCAGCACAAGCUCGUGUAUUGCAUGGAGACUGCACUUGAAACAAUUAUAAAAAGGUCUGCGUGACACGUAUUGAUCUGUAAUUACAGCACACGACUCAUCCGCAGAGACUUGGAAAUAACAGUUACAUCUAUUUUUCUAAAACAAAGUAUUAAUUUGCCAUUAUUUUUCUAUGUACCUUGUUUGUUUCCAAAAGCCCUGCUCUCGGUUGGAAUGCUGUGGACUACUGCUGGGACGAUGAUGAUGAUUAAUGUCAGGCGUAGCCUCUCAAUGUAGCAAGCAGAGAUGGGCAACACUGAAGGCGAUGUGUUGCACAGAGUUUGUCUUGAUUUUUUGCACAUUGAUUUGAUGAUUUUUUCCCCCCAGUUUUUACUUGGACCUUUCUCUCUGAUCAUUUGGUAUGUUGAAACAAGCAAGUUCAAACCCAGAACUUCGCUGUUCUCUGAAGAGAGCCUGGCUUGCAUUUGAUCCUUUGACUCCAAACCACUCAAUAAUACAUGUAGACGUGAUCAAAAACUUGGUGAGAUAUGAGAGAAAUGAUGAAAUCAGAUUUAUCCUUCCAGAAGAACCAAGUGGUAAGAUAAUACACAAUUAACAUGGGUGAGAUUAAAGAUCUUUACAGGACGAUACAAAUGUUUCCUGCUUUUUUUGGAUAAGCUUUCUUUCUCAAGCACAUGUGUAGAACAAAACUUGACAUGUCCAACACCUGAAGAGGCAUCUAAUGAACUUUCUUGGGAUUUGCAGACUUUUGCACAGAGAUUAGAAAACUUGCUGUACUCGAUAUGUCACUUUUUAAAUCUAGUGCUGUUCACAAUUGUUUUUAUGCAUUUUUUUAAAUGUUUGCCACUGUAUUUUAUACAAUGCAACACUUAACAGCUAAUUUGAAUGUUUCUGUUAACUAUAUUUAAAGAAAUAAAGUGUAUUGUGUAAAUAGACUUGGGGGGCGGGGAUUCGCAGUUGUAUAAAUAAAUAAACAGAAUGCUUGCUGAUUAAAA